AAUUAACCCGCCGACCUGGAAUCCAAUCAAUACCAUCAUUUGCACCUAUCCCUGUAUUUCCUCCCACAGAACCCAUUUAGAAGAUUUUUGGUGUGAUUAUGUCCUUGCUGCCGUCGCGCAAGAGAAAGGUCGGUUUUUGCUAAGCUAAGUUACGCUGCUAAUCAAAGUUGGACUUUGUACACCUCUCCCAGCCUACACACACACACACACACACACAUGCUGUUUUCAUCAUUUUCAAACAUCAAGUGGGAGUCCAGAGGAAGGAUUAUUUCACCCGCCAUGGCUUACAACAAGCUGCAUUUGGUGAUGCUGCUGAGCACGUACACCUUUGCACAGCAAGUCAUCCAUGACGACACAUCAACCUGUCUAUUGGCAUCCAGAUUUAAAGCUCAUAAGAAAUACGUGUACCAGUACACCGCCGAGAGCAGGAACGGCGUGGUGGGCGCUGCCAACCUGCGGAAUGGCCCCACGGUGACUUGUAAGGUCCAGAUCGAAGUCCCUCAGACGUGUAGAUACGUCAUGCACACAACGGAGUGUACACUCGGGGAGGUGUCGGUCAUGGACCCUCAGGGACAGCCCGUGCACAAGCAGGCGCCCGGCUCUGCGGCUUUCCAGGCAGCUAUGGCCGAGAACCCUCUGAAGUUCUCAGCGGAACAGAUCAGCAGUGUUCAGCUGUAUCCCGAGCCAAAAGAACCCGUGAACAUCCUCAACGUAAAGAGAGGAAUCAUCUCUGCUCUCGUGGUUCCGGCCACGUCUGAAGACAAGAGCAGCGUCCUGGUUUGUUCCGUCUCGCAAGACACUUUUAUUCUCUUAAAAUGCCAAACUUCUGGUUUUUAUUCUCUUCGAUACGUAUCCAUAUUUUUAUUCUUCUGUCAGAGUACAGUGCAUGGUCGGUGUUUUACCAACUUGAGAGUCAACACAAAGAAGAACACUGUGGUCGAGGUGGCCCUUUCAAGAGAUCUAUCACAGUGUGAUCGGUUCUACAGCAGAGAACUGACACACAGUCCACUUGCGAUGCUUCAAAAGCUGCACAUCCUCUUCUCCAAGCUGAUCAUGAGCCACCAAGACUGCAACUACCAGUUUGAUCGAAAAGGAACGCACAUCACAGCUGCCCUGUGCCAAGAAAAGCACACAUAUCUACCCUUCUCCCUUGGGGACGGUGGAAUGUCAUCUGUGGUAACUCAGCAGCUUAGCUUCCAGACGUCCGGCAGAACCAACAGCAGGAUAUUUGAUGUUGACCACAGCCACAAGAAGCCGCUCUCCUUGGACGAUGCUGAAGAGAAGUCUCCACUCCAGAGAAAGGAUGCCGCUCUGAGCACCAUGAGGGACCUCCAAGUUCUGUCGCUCUUAAACCAGGGGCAAAAGAGACCGAGCCUUUUCCAUAAACUGGUGUCCACUCUAAGAACCUUAAGGAACGACACUCUCAGUCACACGGUCACGGAGAUGCUACGUUCUUCAAAGUGGCUGACCUGGCAAGCCCUGCUUCAGUGCGGGACCUCGGAGUGCACCAGCGCCAUGUUCCAGGCCAUCCGUACCCUGCGCGGGGUGCCACUUGCAGUCGAUGCCCUGGUCUACGGACUAAGUCUCCAAGCGGACCCCGAUGCAUCACGAGUCCGAGAUAUGCUGAGUAUGGCUCAGUUCAGACAGAGCAAAGCCAUCAUGUAUGCUCUUGGCAACACCGUCAGGAAGUUCCAUAACGGGGAAAUAACGCCAGAGGUCGCCGCCGUGUCUGAGUUCUUGACGACGCUCUUAAAUGACUGUUCAGGAGGAAGAAAAAAUGAUUCCGAAGAUUUCCCGACCGACGCUGAGGAGACAUCCUUCCUGGUACUGAGGGUUGUUGGCAUCAUGGGUCGGGCGAUGCAGACUGCCAGCCCCACCCUCAUGGCCUCCAUCAUGAAGUGUGCCAAAAGAGAAGACAUCUCGUUAUCAAACCAGAAAUCAGCCGUGCAGGCCUUCAGGAACAUGGACAUGAACGAUGAAAUCAAAGACUUCCUCAAGGAAGUGUUUGAGCGGCGCCGGGACCCUGUGGAGAAACGCGUGGCGGCCUACCUGAUCCUGAUGAAAAAACCAGACCGGGAAUUCAUCAGAGACAUUGUGACCAAUUUAGACAGCAUGAAGGACGGACAACUCAGGAGCUUUGUGGUCUCUCACCUGAAAAACAUCCAAAACUCCAGGGAUCCACAAAUGCACCGACACAGGCACUACCUUGCUCUCGCCCUGAAAGAUCAGCUUUCAGCCGCUAAUGAGGCCAUUACCGGGACGUCCCGUAACUACCAGAUGGACUCCCCUUUGGGAUCGGUGCGAGGCAACAUCAUCUGGGAUGCCUCGGAUACUUUACCCAGAGAGGUGAUCUUGGAGACCACUCUGAGGGUGUUGGACUCCAACUAUGACGUAUUUGAGUUUGGCUUGGAGGGAACGGGAUUUGAUGCAACAGCUCUUUUUGGAGACAAAGGCUUCUUCCCGGAUUCCAUCUCCAAAAUCACGGGUCGGGUUGCCCCCGACGGAGACAAAGGAAAAAGACAGGUGCCGCAGCCACUUAUUCGUGACAUCACAAAGAGAAUCCAGAAGGUCAUCAACGAUGUGUUUUCUUCACCGACCCCUGAAGCCACCGCCUAUGUCAGGCUUCUGGGAAACGAGAUGUACGUGAAGACCAGCCAAAUGAAAAGGAUGGCAGAGACUCUACUGGUGAACUUCCAGGCUUUCUUCCGACAUCUACCUCCUCAGCAGGUAUUUUCGGACUGGACCUCUCGGACCGGUCAUGAAGUCUUCAUUCACUACAUCUUCAUGGAGAACGCCUUCUCGUUGUCCACUGCCUCUGGAUUCCCUCUCAAGUUUUCUCUCGCUGGAGUCGUCACGCCCGGUGCCAAAGGAGGCGUGGCUGUCUCUUCCAGCACGCCUCACCUGUCACUCAUGCCAUCGGUGGGCUUGGAAUUCAUCACCCAAAUGGGAGUCCACGCUCCAGACUUCGUGGAGGCGGGGCUUCAGAUGCACACUAGUUUGUACCACGAGAGCUCCCUCAACGCUAAAAUCUCCAUGGAGAGAAACCAAAUUCGACUGUCCAUCCCGGCUCCAAAGUCAAACACGCAGUUGUUUACUCUGAGCAACAAGCUGGUGUCCGUAUCCUCUGGCCAUGCGAUGACGCGGCCAUCCCUCGUGACGGACACGACCCACUCCACUGGCUGCCACGCCAUAUUUAAUGGUCUACAAAUCUGCACAGUUUUUGGUUACCCCAACGCAUCCUCCACGGACCGAUCCCCGUAUUAUCCUCUGGCUGGGGACACCAUGGCUGCAGUUGUCCUCCAGCCCACGGGGGAUGUUUCCGAGUACGCUGCCACCAUCAAGUGGGAUACACUCCGGGAAGGAAAAAAGGCUCUCCGUGUCUCCGAUUGUCUCAGUCUAACCCUGAAGGCAGAAGGUGACGAUUCACCCGGCGCCACCGCCACGCUGAGAUUCGACCGCAGUAAUAAAGUUCUGGCCACUGAGCUUGUCAUUCCAAAAUACGACGUUGAAGUUGGCAUGAAGAUGGCUCCAGCUGAUGGCGACGCCGAGCAACACAACAGCCGCGGCAUCGCCAUUGAGGUCACCAGCAAGAACGUUCCACAGCUGACGCUGGCGGGGCACACCAGACUUCAGUUGAUGACGGAUGCUCUGCUGCAACUCCAGAUGGCCAUUCCAGCUCUAAAAACCAACGCUUCUGUCACUGCCACCCUGAAGAAGCGUGAGGACGUCGUCAUGAACGUGGAGACCAAAGUCAACCUCCCUGAGACAUCCUACCGACAGACAUCGUCCCUCAUAUACGAUCAGGAGACGUUGGAAGUGGAAAUGAAAUCUGAGUUGAAUUCGGAGAUUCAGAAGAUGUCACCAACUGUAGAAGAUCAUCGCAGGAGGCUGAACCGACUCAUUGAUGACAUCCUGGAACAGCAGGUGGCCAAAACGGACAUGAAACUACGACACAUAGUCACCAAAGGAAUCGAGGCGGCUAAUAUUUGGCUGGAUGCGUUGACAUCCAGGAUCCCUGGCCUGGAAAACCUGGGGAAUGGUAGGAUCCCGGCAGAACUUAUUGUUCCAUCUCUGCCUGACAAAAUGUUCCUGCGGGUUGACAACUUCUUCCGGUACAAGUUCAACAAGGACAAGAUGGCAGUCUCGCUUCCUCUGUCACCGGGAGGCAGGACAUUGAAGGAAUUGGGUAUUCCUGACUCCCUCUCAGUUCCGGCUUUAGACGUACCGCUCUUGGGUCUACACAUCCCCGCAAAGAUGUACAAAGUACCAUCCUUCUUCGUGCCUCGUACUGUGGAUUUGACGCUGCCCCUCCUUGGUGUGGCUGAAGCGUCCAUGAAGGUCAGCAGCAACUUCUACAGCUGGGAGGGCUUGAUUUUUGGCGGCAAUCACACUGUUGAUAGCCCCGCCUACACCGUGCAAUACAAGGCCAUCGCGAAGUCACCGUUCAGGCUGCUAAGAUACAAGCUUGAAGGAGCUGGGAUGAUGUCAGGAAGAUCUGAUGAUCAUCUGGAGUACCUGCUGAAUAAUUCCUUCAGCCACAGUCUUCUUAAGACCAGCCUGGCUUUCUGGGAAACCUUGGAUGUGACCACCAGGUUGCAGGCCAAAGCCCAUUACAAGAUGGAAGCAUCUAGUCCGCUUGGUCUCCACGCUCGUCUCUGCUAUAUCGGCCAGUCCACUUCCACUCUGGACUCAGACCAAGUCACUGCAGGGGGGACCUGGGAUGGGACUCUUAGAAUCGUGUCCUUCUACAGCAACGGUUCCUAUAGCAACAGUUAUAGCUUGCAUCGACUCCAGGAAAAAGGAAGAGGAGAAUCCGUGCUGCAAUUCCACUCACCAUUCCUGCAAAUUCAUAAUUCCAUGCAUGGAGUUUAUGAUAACGCAGAGCUGAGAUUGGUCUCAGAAACAAAAGCCCAGGAAGACCUCCUCAGCCAUGUGCUGGAACUCAACUACAAGGACUCCCAACUAAGCCUCAAGUGCUUGGGUGUCGCCAACGCCGUGGGGAACGUGCUCAGCAACAAAGUUGACUUUGGCGUUUCCGGCCGUACUCUCCUCCUCCGAGUCGAAUCGCAGGCCGAUGAUGCAACAAAUCGGGCGUACUCGCUUCUUACAGGCUCACUCGACUCCAGAAGACUGGAAGUCAACUCCGACGGAUUGCUCGCCGUUGAUGGCGGCCAGGGACUCCACAGGGCAUCUCUCACGGUAGACAAAAACGGUGUGAGCGCAAGUGGAAGUAACCGUUUUCGGUACGGCUCGGCGACAUUUGAGAGCAUCGUUAAUGCUGCCAUGGACAGUGAAGGAGCGUCGCUGUCGUCCAAAACGAAAACAACGUCCGAGUACGGCGGAGGCGAGGUCAACAUCGAGAGUCGUGUCAACGCCACGGAAGGCUCCUUCUACGGUGUCUUUAACGGCAACGUCUUCAAUGUUAGCACAAGAAAUGAACUCAAUGCUACGUUGAACCGCAACGCUUUCACCGUUACCAGCGACGCCAUGACAGCGUGGCGGCAGAUUAAAACACAAAACCGCUACGCUCUGACACUCGCUCCGUGGACGUUUGAUCUACGCACCGAGACCGGCAGCUUUCUCUGUGACGAGAUCUUCUACCAGCAAGACACCCAUAUCCAUGUGAAGCCGUUUGUAAUCAAAGCUAACGCUACGUGCUCGCUCAAAUUGUACCACGUCACUUUCAAAAAAGAACUCCGCAUUAAGCUGGAGUCAGCUAAGCUAAGCCUGAGCGGAAGCGCAAAUGGGAAUGUGCUCGGAAUGCAGAUGAGUCAAACCUGCGGACUGGAGUUAGCUGGACUUUCCGCCGCGUCUUAUUGUGAGUCGAAAAUAAAUUCCGAGCUGCUACGUUUGGACGGCGUCAUACGAAGUGCGGUGCUACCUUUCACGCUGAACGUGGAGGCCGUCGUCAACGGUAACGGAGAGGCGUAUCUGUUCGGGAAUCACACGGGACAACUCUACAGUAAGCUGUUAGUGAAAGCGGAACCUUUAGCGUUGACAUACUCGCAUGAUAGCAGCGUGUCCGCUACACAUGCACGGGCAACUGAGCUAACCACUCAUGUGGAUAACUCCUUUACCGGCCUCGUAACGCCGUGCCAUCAAGCGCUGAUGUGGAAAAUGGGAUCCAAACUCCUCAAUCACGCCUACGACCAGGAUGUCGCCGCUUAUAACAACCCGCAAAAGACCGGAUUUGAGUUUUCGGGACGAAUGCUCACAGAUGCGUUCAGCCCGAGCGACGCAGAUAUUGACGCUCUUCCCGAAAUGCAAGAAUUCUCGAUAAGCGGAUUUCUCAGAUACGAUAAGUCAAGAGGCUGCCGUGUCAUUGCGACACCCCUCAGUAGCAUUCCCUCCAUUCCGGGCGCUUUUCAACAACUCAAAAACACAUGUAUGCAGGCUUUGGAGAAAUUCCAUAGGUACAUUAGCAAUGUAAAUAUUCAGUGGAUCAUAUCGGAAUUUGGAGCGCAGUUGGACCAGUUAGCAUUGGACGUGCGUCGCUUCAUGCGAGAGGUGGACCUGGAAAACAAAGUGAAUGAAAUGAAAGCAAAAGUGGAUUAUUUUACUGACGUGUUUGCCGUGACAUUGGAUGACUUGGAGGUCGUUGUAAACACCCUGAGAAGGCAUUUGGAGAAUACGCUGCUGGGAAUUUCGACCGGAAUUAGAGACCUGCUUUUGGCUGUGAAAGAACACGUCAGGAAAGGACGUUUUUCCGACAAAAUAACAAAUACUUUUACCAUCGUUGGAGAUCAUCUUCAUAUGUUUAAUGAUAAGUUCUCCAUCCAGGAAUCACUUCUUAGAGUCCUGCAUUUGGUAUCGAACGGUGUUGAACGGAUGGAUUUGGAAAAGCUGACCGAUAACAGCACUGCCUGGAUCAGAGACUUCGACUCAAAUUAUGGAAUCCUUGGCAAAAUCAAAGAAAUCCUAACAAAUAUCAAACGUAAAAUUGAGAAUUUGGAUGUGAAGAUAUUAUCCCAGCGUGUAAAAGAGCUCCUGCUUUCAAUUGAGAUGGGCAUCGAACAGCUGUCUUACGAAAUUCCAUACACAAAGAUUGCAAGGGUGAUGGAAUCUAUGAGUGACGUUGUCAUCAACUGGACGGAUGAAUAUGAAAUCCCCAGCAAACUCAAUGCAGUUUUGUGCUACAUCAAGGACCACGUGUCAAGAUUCGGCCUUGGGAAAGACCUUAAAGAAAUCCUGGACCAGGGUGUAGUGCUCAUCCAAAAGCUCAACGUAGAAGACAACGUGCGGUCGCUGGUAAAUACUCUAAAAGAAAUCCCAUUAGAAUCCGUUCUUGGUCAAAUUCUACAGCUUCUGCAAAGUGUGAGCGAUCAUCUGAGGGGAGCCGAUUUGGAGAAGAGCUUCGAAGAACUGAACGAGCAUGUUUGUUCAGUUCUGAGGUCAAUGGAGGAGUUUGACUACAACACAUUUGUGGAUGCCAGCAACAGGAACAUUUCACAAGUCACGGCGUUCCUGAAUGAGAGGUUGAAGGAACAUGACUUGGUGUCGAAGCUCCAAGCUUUUGGAGCGUUUGCCAGGAAGAUUCAAGGUGCAGUUUGGACAUUCGUCAACAAACUCCAGAACACGAAGGUGGCGGACUCUCUGAGGAAGCUAACACACGUGAUUGACCGUGUGUUUUACAAUGACAUCAUAAUGAAGAUCCAGGAUGUCCUUGAAGACAUCAGACAGAGAAUCCUUGACAUGGAUAUCCAAGACGAAGCGUACAUUUACCUCCAAAGAGCAAGCCAGUCCUACAGCAACAUUGUCGCCUUUAUAUCCGCAAACAUCAAGCGACUGAUAGAGGAAUUGAAAAAAAUGGCGACGGACGCCGAAAUCCUGGAUGAGAUCAAGCAAACCGUGGAUGGAAUCUUGGAUAAGCUGAAUAAAGCUGAGCUGCAAUUCCCAUCUUUUACCGUGCCUUUCACAGACCUUGUGAUUCCUGAAUUUGGACUUGACUUGAACAAACUGCAUGGAAUGACCAUUCCAGCAGAAAUCUCCAUCCCAGAGUUCAAUGUUCUCGGCUCGAUUCCGGUUCCUGCCUUCAGGAUAUCGCUGGAUGAGCUCAAAGUGCAAAUCAUCGCAGUAAUAGAUUACAUCAAAGGAUUUGAAAUACCCGCCGUUGAUCCGGAGGAUAUUUUUGGAGACUUAAAAGUUCUUUACAUAUUUCCACUACCGGAUGUCAACUUCCCAGAAAUAAGACUUUUGGAAAUCCAAAUUCCAAACAUCAGCAUCCCUAAGUUACAAGUGAAGGACUUUGAAGUCCCAACGUUUCCAGUGCCAGGAAUCAGACUGCCUGAUGUUCCCAGUAACGUUUGCGCUACAGGUUUUGGAGAAUUCCAUAGUGCAUUCGAGGUCAGUUCUCCCGUGUAUACUGUCGUCUCUUCGGGAAAGAUUUUCGAGAAUUCAACAUCCACUUCAGGAAUCCCGCAGCUUACAGUCACGAUUGCGUCCAAUGCCAAGUCUAUUGUGCCGCUUCUGGAAUAUACUUUUGAAGCAAAGACUCACUUGGAGGCACCCGGAUUUCAGGAGGUAAAAUUCCAAGAAACUCUGAAAGCUUCCCAUUUGGCUUUCUCCGUGGAUCACAACGCAUCUUUGGUGCUUGGAAGUUCUUCUGCCGAGGUCCACGCAAACACGGCAGCCAAGGCAACAACUUCAAUGUACACAGCAGACCUGGCUAACCACUUGGGAAUCUCACUGCGGAGCGGGAUCUCCGUAAAUAUGACCACCACCUACAACCAUAAUUUGGACACGCCCUCGAUGGGAAUCUCAAGUCAGGCGUCGGUGAAACACGGCGUGGCGGUGGAAGCUGAUUCUGGAAGAAUCACGUUGAGUAGUAAAACGAGCGGUCGAGGAACGUGGUCCAUCCCAAACUACUCUGAUGAAGGAACGCAUGAAAGUCAUUUCCAAGUCAAUUCCAACGUCGGCACCGCCAUGUUGACUUUAGAAGGCCGCACGGAUUGUACAUCGUUCAGGUUCAAGCAAACGCUUACAGCGGAAUCGGUUCUCCUUCAACAUAUUCUUUUGGAAGCAGAAUGUGAAGCUGAAGCUCCAUUUUUGAAAAAGAGUGUCAUGGCGGCUCGUGGAGAAGUCCGUAUGGAGGACUUGAAGGUCGCACUGACAGCCAGUCAUGUUUCACAACUCACCGGAAGCACAACCGGUUCCAUUUCCAACUCUCUGGAUUUGGUGGCCUGUCCUUUUGAAGCUGCUGUUGAUGUAAAGAAUGAAGCUGAUUUAAAGAUGCUCUUCCCUCUCAAACUUACCGGUCAUGUCCAUCUCCGGCAUGACUACGGUAUCCGGGUCAAUCCCGAGAAGCAACAGACUUACUGGAUCGGCUCGGCUAGAUUCAACCAAUACAAAUACAAUCACAACAUUGCCGUAAAAAAACAUUUCAUGAAUAUUACCGUCAACUUGCAGGCUCACGGAGAAGCCAAUGUGGACUUUUUGACCGUUCCGCUCUCGGUACCUGUGAUGACCGUACCCUUUCUGGGAAUUGGAACUCCUGAAGUUCGAGACUUUUCUCUAUGGGACGAUGCCGGGUUCAAAACCUUGCUGACCAAUCCUCAACUUUCAUUUGAUAAAAACCUGACGCUGACUUACAACAAGAACCCUGAUGUGCAGUAGCUUUGAACUAGCAUACACUUCUCUUAUUGACCGUGUCGACACAAUAUCAUCUCUUGCUACAUCACGGUUCAAACACGGGAUUAACUAAUAUUCUAUUUUUGGUCAAAAAUAGUGAAAGACAAGUUAUAUGUAGUACUCUGGUCCCGAGACAUUAGUAAUGCUACACUACAUGGAAUGUCCGACACCAUAGAGCAGUGAUUUUCAACCUGUUUUGAGCCACGGCACGUUUUUUUACAUUGUAAAAAUCUUGUAGCACACCAGUAACCAAAAAUGUUCCAAAAUGUCACCACGACCUCACACGUGCAUCAAUAAGUCUAUGGGAGGAACAAGCUAGGUGUUGCCACACGGACCAAUAUUACAUUGCUAUGCCAGUCUUUACACCACAGACACUCCACAGUAGCCACGUUUUUACAUCACCACUUUUUCUCUUUCCCAAUGACCUUUCGGGAAACAAUGGUAUCCAUGGAAAGGAAUAUUCCAAUCUCAAUCUACAUGCGCCAUGAAAAUCAACCAGAAUAGUCAAUAGGGCAUGCCCAGUAAAACGUAAACAUCAACAUCACGUCAUACCGGCUUCCCCGAGUUAUUCUUUCACUUGUCGGAAUAACUCCGUAUUGCCAGUUUUUCGUCUGUCCAGUCUUGAAAUUUAGUUUGAAUCAAAAACAAACUUUGCUUAGUCCAGUGCCGAUUGCUGGCCUCCAUUUUUAAAAGUGAAGAACGUCUGGAUCUGCGUGUUACGUCAUAUCUGAGCAUGCGCUGAAAGAACGCACCCGGGAUCAAUUUAAACAGGAAAAGAUCAAAUUCAAUCUUGCUAAUAUUUUAUAAUUAAACUCAGGACAUGUUUUAUAUAGAUAUAUAUUUUCUUGUUUAAUAAAACUGCACUUGUGAAUAAAGUAUAGAAGUAUUUAGAUUCUGUUCCACAGAUGGCGCUAAUGCACACGAAAGCUGCUUGCCAACCGCCAAUAAACAACAGAAGAAGAAAAACACCAGGAAGAAGAAGGCACCCUGACAACUUUCCGUUUGAGCGGGUACAAGAUACCUCAAUCGGAUUGGUUAAAGGAAUAUUCCAUCCCUGUUCAAUUCUUUCCGUUUGAGCAAAUAAACCAAAGUGAAUUGGAAUAUUUGGGUAUAAUGGCUAUUGACAUCAUAUUUGCAAAUGAUGAUUAAUAAAUGUUAAUUAUAAAAAGUGAUAUUGGAUAAUUCCUCACGGCACACCUGACGGUUUCUCAAGGUACACUAGUGUGCCGCGGCACAGUGGUUGAAAAUCACUGAUUUAGAGUAAAAAAAAGUUCUCCUGUUCGGUGUGGAAGUGGUAACUUUGUGGCUUCAUACUUUGGCCUUCUUGCCCACCCUGAAACACUGAAUGUUUGAAUACGUAAACUGGAGAGGCUAACUUGCUAGCUUGGUAUGCCGUCUUUCAUGUCACUGAAGUGAUCCUGUUGCCUGCACAAUGUGGUGUAAACAAAGAAUUACAGGCGAGUGAAGAUGACUGUGUGGUUGUUAUUUCAUGUCGACAAGGCUCUUUUUCUGUUUGAACUGUCACCUGGUGCACAAUGAUGUUGUUUUUCACAGGACAUGUUUACAUGCUUUUGUUUAUGUUUUUCCAAUAGUACUUUGUUCUUUGGUUCAGUUAUUUUUCACUAUUGACUUUAUUUUGCUCCUACUAAUGUAUGUAAUAAAAGGGAAUAUAUAGGAACAAUGUUAUUUUGUGAUAUUGCUCCAUUGUCUUACAUUAUUGUAUUUAUAUAUUUUUAAAUUGUCCGCAAUAAAUUUGUAAGUCUACCUUA